AUGCGAACUCACAAGCCAUGCCUGGCAAUCCUUGGAUUCGUUUGCUUCCUGUCAAGUUCUCAUUCACUUCACAUUAGCCGUCUUCAAUCUCGGGCACUCCACCAUGCGGAAACCGUCCUUAGUGACAGCGAACCUCUGGGAGAAGCUAUGAGAAACGGCUUGCAACGACAGCCCACGACGCCCACGACUGGAGAAAGCAAGCUGUUAGCGCCUGACACACAAGGGUCUGGAGGACAUUCAGAGACAAUCAAACAGCCCGUUUCUUCAGAGGCUACUCGAGAAGGAUUGGUGCCUGAAAGCCACCCGCCUGAACCAGAACUCACAAAAUUUGGCAAAAUAAAAAAUAAGGUUAUGGAUUCCUACCAAGCUUUCAAGACCAAACCUCAAUUUCUCGCUGGCUUGGUAAAACCGUUCGAAAAUUUGCAGAAAGCUAAGGAGGCCCGUAAUCAGCGUACCACCGCGCAACGCAUGGAAAAUUUUAUACAAAUUCGAAACCAGCUUUCCAAAGCUCUCGUGGAAGAUGAGAAGUCAAAUGGAGAAAACAAUUUGGAUCUAGACAAAUUGGCCGCGCAACUUGAACAGAAGCUAUCCAAAGCAAGCAAACCCCUCAAAUCCGAUGACAACGCGUCCCCAUUCACAAAAGCGUACCUGGAUGAUUACCUCAAGAAACUUAAGAGUCAUCAAACCAUUGUCAAUCAGCUUAAGAAUGUCCAGAAGCGAUGGUCAUCAACCGAAAUUAUUUCACCAGACUUAACCCCAACCGAACUAGCCUUGCAGUCUGAAAUAUUGAGCUUCAUCCGGGAAGUGAAUGAAAUUGGCUUCCACAACCGCUUUUGGGAAGACUUGCAUGUCAUACAGGUCAGCAUCAACCAGGAACUCAAAAAAUGGCCGGCCGAGUCCUUCGGCUACCUACGACAGCAUAUUCCCAACCUUACAAAGGAGUACCUCAUAGAUAAAAUUUCUUCGCGCCCGCAAAAAUUUGUUGCAGCCCGGGCGCUUCAGUUGAAGGGAAAGCCCCUUGAAGAGCUUCCCGGUAACAGUUAUCUUACCGUAGAGCAAGUCAUCGAACGAUUACCAUCUGAUCUUGGCGAUGGAGAGAUGGAGAUGGUGAUGUACCGUUACGCGGUGAUAAAAAAAUUUGAAGCUCUCCUGCAGAAAAUACGCCAAGAAGCAACUAGCCUUCUCGAGGAACGACUUAAACUUUCUGUCCAGCCUGUCUCGCCGACAGAGGCAAAUCACCAGUUGAAGAAACUUUUCUCAAGCCCCACCAAACAAGAUUCGAUGUGGCUCGAUCAAACCUUCGAGAAAUUCUACGGGACGAGUCCGGCAACAGUAUUUGUGAAGCUGAGGGGUAUACCGGAAGACCAAAUACUAAUGCGCUCUGUCCUUGACAACAACGUCGAGUCUCUUGCCUUCUUAUCCGAAGAGAAGAUGGAAGCACUCCGAAAGGCUUCGUCUGAUCGUCAAACCUUCCAAAAAAAACUCAAAUCAAUCAGUUCGAAACUACCACCUGGCAUCGAAAAAGAAGCAAUAGAAACUGUUAGGAAGGAAGCCACCAUCUCCUAUCCCGCUGUGGAACGACCAAUUGUCGAUAAGUUACACAGCCAGCACAUUAUCAGUGACGAACUGAAGGCAAAACUAAACCCACCUGGGGGACUAUCUCUCGAAAAAUAUUUGAAGGCUCUAGGUACACAAGAUGAAUUGAGAAAGACCUUGAUGUCGAAAUUUCAAUCUGACCUUCGCAAGCGUCUUGAAGCUCCUCAGGACGAUCCAAAGGAAAUUUUGGACCGCACUGUUACCCUACUCGCUCAAUCCCACAUUGACCAGCUCGAUAUCAGGGCCAGAGUAAAAUAUCUCAAGCCGGAUUCACUCCUCUCAAGACGACCCCCGGGCUUUGGUGAAGCGUUAGGUUUGUACGAUCCAGAAAAACUCACCCAUCUAGCUGAUGGUCCCCAAGAGCCAGCAAUCCUAGCAAAGGCAUACGUCGAAGCCCACCUUCCUCUGACACCCUUGGCUGAAUAUAAAUCAGAUCUGGAUGAAUUAUUGAGUGAAGUCAAAAUCCCUCAAAUUGCGCCUGAUGCGAAAUUCUCGGACGACCUUGGUUUUACCGACCGAUUGGCCCUUUUCGAUCAACGGCUCUCUGCAAUUUACCUGGAGCCAUUCACAGAAGAUGACCCGCGUUUGAGUGGAACUCAAUACCAAAGGCUCACCAAGGAAUCUCGAGAAAGUCUGAACAAUCUAGUCCACACGAUUUACUCCAACCGCAGGAAAUUCGACGCGAUCAGCCAAGAAGAACGCUUAUUGAGUGGCCAAAUAGAAAAGAUCGAAGCCGAACUUGCUCCACAACUUCCAGUGGUCACCAAAGUAAUGAAAGCUACGUUAAAGCCUGAGAAGCCUUUCAAAAGGCUUGCCAAGGAUUUCUUCUCCAAAAAAUUGUAUACCCCCAUCUUGCGAUUCUUGAAGAAGCUCAUGAAGACCGCCAAGUCCAAACUUCAGAAAGCGACAUGAGCAUCAUUGUCAGGUACCCAAGCCCCGUUUCUCGUUCAUGUGCGUAGAGCCCAUGGGCUUUCUCGUUCUCGUUCUCUUUCUCCUUUAUAAAUUCUGAAAUAACCACAAAUACAUUCAUUGCAUACUACUUUUCAC